UUUGAUAAAUAAUAAGUACCUAGAUGUUGUUUGGCUUUUAUUAGUAUCGAAGAUUUAAUUUUAAAGUGGCUGAAAAAAAAAGUAUGGAGAUCAUAUCUGGUUCGGACAUCGUUUCCAAAUCCAAAAUCAAAUUAACGCUAAGAUAUAGCGUACAACGUCAAAGAUUGAUUGUUGUAGUUCACCACAUUGAAGAAUUAAAUUUCGAUGAAAUCAAAGGACUGUACGUUAAAUUAUAUUUGUUGCCAGAAAGGCACAAGGAUACAAAACGAAAAACACAAGUUAUUACUACAAGCAAAAAUCCAGUAUUCGACGAAACAUUCGAGUUUAUUUUAUCGCAAGAAGAGCUCGGCCAUAAACAGCUUGAAGUGUCUGUUUGUGAAGAAAACUUCAUUAAAAAUGAACCGAUACAAAAGGUUAAAAUUGACUUAGAUAAACUAAGCCUAGUUUUGCCGCACACCAGAUUAUUUAAUUUAGUAAAGUCCUAUCACAGCUAAUCAAUCUGCCUUUGUUUGUUUCCUAUGUUCUGUGAACAAUUAAUUGUCUAAAUUGAGUACCUAACAAUCAAAUGUAUAAGAAACUAUAUUUUAUACUUAUAAGCUUCAUCAAAAUAUUUAUUUUGACUGAAUAAACUUAUGAAACCCUUU